GCUUUCCGUCUCCCUCCACCCUGCGCCACGGUACCGAAACUCGUUCGUUCCUAGCCUACUGGGCCUGUUUUGACUUUACUUCCCUUUCCCCGGCACGAUCUCUUCUCUCCUCGCUGCACCCAGCAGUCCUACUUCCGAUCGGUUACUUGCAGGUCGUGGUGCCUUUCUUCUGAACUGAUCGAGAAGGAUUCAUUGGAACCCUUUCUUCGCCAUGGAGCAAGAGCAUGCUUUGUCCUGGACGGACAUGACCAAUCCGGGCGAUGAUGAGUUCACCAACUUCCUCGAGUUUGGCAUGCAGUUCCCCGACGUGGAGGGGCAUGGGCCAAGCGACCAUCACACUUCUCGGCCUCUUGCCCACCCGGGGUCGAUGUCGAUGCCCGCCUCAGCAGCACCCGCGCAGGAACAAUUGGUCCGCAUGGAUACCGACAGCGUCACCACCCAGUCGCCGUCAUACGGUCACAUCAUGAGCAGCGAUUUCCCCCUCGACCUUUCCAACCCCGGCCAGCAAGGCCAGCCACAUGGCUCAUCAUACUCCAAUGCUCAAGUCACCCCGGCAUUCUAUGCGCACAAGCCCCCGCAGCCCCAGUUUUUCCACCCUCAGCAACAACAGCAGCAACAACCGACUCCCGAACAGUCACACCAACUUUCCAACCACUCGCACGCAACAGCUCAAUCGUAUGUCCCUCAUGGAAAGCCCGUGAUACCACCAACCCCCAACAGUGUCGAGCUCCAGGGCAGUGCUGCUACGCAUCUACAAGGGACGGAUGAUAACCAUGACAUGUAUGAGCGGUUUACUCGGAUGAAUGAUGAGCAGGCCCUUUAUACGCCCCUCGUCUCACCCGCCAUGACCCCAUUGGAAAGUCAAUUUCGCUUCCCCGAAUAUAUCAUCCCUGGGGAGUACUUCACCCCUCUCACUUCACCAGCCCUCGAAGCCCACAACUCCAAUCCGACUGGCUACCCAUUCCACUCUGGUCAUAUAUCUGAAAUAGGAUUUGUGCCCUCUCCUGCUGACAAUGCGCUGCCCAUGUCGUCGGCACCCUCGUCACCGGGAUUGAUGCGGAAACAUCGACGCCAACCAUCAACCACCAAAUCUUUCUCCGCUCGGGCUAAAAAGCAACAAUCGCCUUCGGUGCGGCCUCAGGCCCGGAAGAAGUCACUUCUCAAUAUCAAUUCGGACGAGGUCUUGAAUAGUCUUAGUCAAGAUCAGGGGAGUUGCAAGUCUCGCAGUUCUGGCGGUAGUGGGCUCCGCUAUGGAAGCAACGAGAGCUCUGGACAAGAUUCCGUCUCCCCAGAGCCUCUCUCAGAGCCCUUAAUGCCUCCACCCGCUCUACCCCCGUCGCGGAAGUCCCCCUCGAUCGGCCCUCAAACAACUCAAGUGCCACAGGCCAGUGAACCCGCAACUCCAGCGUUGCUGAUGCGUAUCCAGAGGUCACCGCACAGCAACGCCUCCACCGGUCCGAUGGCAGUUGCAGCCAGGCCUGUCCCCUCUGAGCCACACGACGAUAUCAUGGAAGAUGUCAUACUGCCAGAAGCGGCUACCUCAUUCGGUUCAGUCUCGAGACCACAAGUGGGCCGUAUUGACACCACGGUCCGAACAGGUUCUGUCUCUUCGACUACACCGGGCAGUACUACCCCUGGUCUGGAACCUAAGUCCGCUCCGGCCGUCAACAGAAACCCGACUUCGAUCGCGCCGAGCCCCCGCGCUUUUGCUAUGCCCUCUCCCAGUGGGCCGGUACCGAAAAAAGCAGACACCCCCAAAUUAGGCCCCAUAGGCCGAAAGCGACAGAGCCUCAGCUCGUCUCAGCCUAGUCCAAAUUUACGCCCCAAGAUAAGUCCCAGUAUACAGCCUCUGAUGCGUGGUGAUGGUAUCUCAAGCGAAACUUCGGCUCUGUAUCUUGCCUCGAAGUCGAACUACCAGCAUAUCCUAGAUGGUACUCUCUUACCUGGCGUCUCCUACCCAGAAACCUUGGCCGAGAAUUUGAGCUCCAAGCGGACGAAUCACAAGCUCGCAGAGCAGGGACGAAGAAACCGCAUCAACAAUGCACUCAAAGAGAUCGAAACACUCAUCCCAUCGUCCUUUGUUCAAUCGAAAAGCGCCAAAGAAGCUGCAGUCUCCAGCGCAAAGGGGGGCGAAAAGGAAGAAGAAAAGGAAAAGGAAAAGGAAAAGGAAAAGGAAAAGGAAAAGGAAAAGGAAAAGGAAAAGGAGAAAGCCGGAAAUCAGCCGAUCAGCAAGGCCAGCACUGUGGAGAUGGCGAUUGAUUAUAUCAAAGCCUUGCAACAUGAACUGGAAGAAACCAAGACCAAAUUGGCAGCAGCUGAGGAACGUCUAGGCGUGAAAAAAGGGUUGGAAAAGCGCGAUGACAACACGGUGAACCCUGAAAAUGGGCCAACAACAAAUCCCGUUGAGGCAGAAUCGGCGACUUCCAGUUUCGAGAAGGACAUCUCUGCAUAAAUCUACGAUCGAAACCUCGUAGUCGAGUGGUACUCGAACCAAGCUGACCCCUACCUUGAAAGAUCACUGUUAUGUGAUAUGUUUAUGAGCGUGAAUUUGAGCAAAACUAUAGACAGGGGUACCGGGGAAAUUAGCUGACGUCACGCAUAUUUUGAUUGAUGGCUUCCAUUUCGUGAUGUACGGUAGCUGUUUUUCUUUUCUUUUUUCUUCCCAUCAUCUUCAAGAUGUUAAUAUACAGGGUGGUUAUUUUUUCUUUUCACGGGAUAUCUCACUUCAAACACCAUCCCCUCCCUUCUAUCUUUGAUUGACCUUUGCUUCAUGUACAUAGCUUUAUCCCCCCCCCCCCUCUCUCAGAUACACUCGUAACUUUCAGCAGUG